UUAAUUGGCAAUAUUUUAUCUCGAGUUUUUUUCCUUCUGUUGAAACAAUAAUGUUGAAAUGUGUUUUAAUAUCGUUGAUUAUUAAGGCUAUUUGAAGAUGUGUUGUUUACUGUAACAGAAAAUAUUUUUUGUGCUCUUUUAAAGGUAUUGUUUCAAUCGUUUAGAUAAAAAUGGCGGAUAUAUAUUGAAUGAUGUGUAGUUUAUGUGACAGAAGAUGUUGUUGGAAGUGAACUUGGCCAAUAGAAUGGAGACUGCUACCAUCGAGCAAAUACACAGGGUCAAACAACUUCAGCUGAAACAUGUCGAAAAACUUCCUGCAAUUAAAAAGUUGUCACGUGACCAAGGGCUCACCAGGACAUGCGCAUUUAAGGAGUUCCGCUUUGAGCCGCCAUUUGUUUCAAGGAAAAAAGAUAUCAAAAAGAAGAAACUUCCCCCUAUUCCGGAGAACAUGCUACCAAAACGACACAAUAGUUUCGAGGAGGAAGAAGAAGAUUAUGAAGAAGGACAUAGCGACCUCCCUACAUUACCCUCAUUGUCUAUAUCACCGGCAUUUCUUACAGAAAGGGCAGAUGAACGUUCACUGUCGGUUGAGGUUGCUGCCAGGAUUCCCAGUUACCACAUGUUUAAUACCCGGGAGUUUACAUUUCCGGAAUCAAGUGCAAAAAGAAAGAAGCAUCUACCUAGUCAGCCAAGUAUUGUCCCAGCCCUUACACCUAGAGUUAGAGAAGUCCCUAUUCAGGCAAAGAUAGAAAAACUAGCCAAACAAAAGAGAAAGGAAAGGGCAAAACGAGCUGUAGAACGAAGGUAUGAGAAAAAGCUACACAACAUGAUGGACAUGAACUCGCCGACGUCUCACAUGGCAUUUAAGAGUAAAAGGGAGCCAGAGGUUGCUAACUCGUUCCAUUUAAAAGAACACAAACUAUCUCCGUUUAAGCAAAUGACGAAAACAUCGGAGGAAAGUGACAAAACAUCAAAACUUCAUCCGAGAUUGUAUACUAGGAUUGUUGAUAGCAUUUACUCUUAUACUAAAGGACUCCAUGAACAUAACCGUUCGUCAGACAAUCAAGGACCGUAUGAAAGACUCAUGGUGACGCCGGUAACGGUUAGAGAUGAAGGUAAAGAUGACGUCAAUAGACAGUUAACAUAUCUCCCGCCAAUACUUUAAAUAUUU